CACUACCGUGCACCGUGCCGCCAUGCCAAAUUGCCAUCCGCGGCCUUGCCGGUGCGUUGCGCCCGCUCACUCCAUGCCCGCCCCGUGACGCCGUGUUCCCUGCCCUGCUGUCGCCUUCUUUUAGUUCCUUUCACCUCGACCACCCGCCCCGCCACCGCCAUUGCCGCCCCGCGGCACUGGAGGCGCGCGCCAGCGGUGCGCGGCGCCCCAAGCCUUCCCCCUCCCUCCUGCUGCGGUGGCUGCCCCUGGCUGGCACCGCCGACGGCGAUUCGCGCGACCGGGCGAGGCGAUCCCUUGGUGUUAUUUUAACGCCUCCUUCCUGGCCUGCCUCUGGUUUCCGCCGCUGCCCGCCGGUGACGCCUCCCCUUGCUGCGUUCCCGCGGGGGGCGCUGCACGCUUCGGCUUCUCAGAUCCCGAGGGCGGAUCCGAUCGCCGGCUGCCUAAAAGAUUUGUGUAGACAACCGGGAGAGGGCAGGCCAUGGGCGUCGAGGCAAAGCAGGAUGCUCUGUGCAGUAUCAAGAAAACUCUAAGGUGUGCUGUCAGAACGACCUGGAGAUGCGCAUCUGAAAAUUGGGCUCUGUUCGGUCUAUUGCUACUGCCCUACCUUCUGUACAAGUAUUCACCGGGUUUCUUCGCUUUCCUUCUCUCCAAUUCUCCUGUCAUUAUAUGCACGGCCCUUCUCCUUGGUGUACUGCUAAACUAUGGGGGUGCACAUCGUCCGGAGAUCCGUGAAGAUGUAGAUCUUAAAGCAGACCAGAGAUUUUCAGUGCCUGCUAUGAAGGAGGACAUAAUCAGGGAGGCAAGUGUUGGCAGAAGAGACAGUAACAAGUGUAUCGAUCUGGACGAAAAUGUUCCUCUUCUGAAGGGACAUGAUCAACGAGAUGAGAGAGUUGAAGCUGCAGGUGGUAGACCCGUGAAAGUUCUAACUUGUUAUGCAGAGAAAGAGUCCAAAGAUGCAUGUUUGAGCAAGGAUAAUGGCAAUGAGUAUGCCAACUUGUUCGAGGAUGUGCAUCGCAGUAGAGUUGAUGGGAAAGAAGCAACCUUAGGUGUAUAUUCUUCAAGUGAGAAUGUUAGGGAAGAUGCUGAAAUGGUGGCAAGUCCAAACUAUGAAGGGAGAGUAUGUACAGAUUCACAAAGUGGUGAGGUGGUAGAUGUUUCAGAACACAAGAUUGUUGAUGGAGCAGCAGGUAAAUGCAGAUGGGGUCGUGCUUUUUCUGUACGUCGGAGGAAGAAGCUUGCUGAUAUAAAGGUAGAGGCUAUUAAUUCUGUUGUGGACAAUCAAUUAGAUCAUUCUCUAUGCUCACCACUCACUGGAGUUGGCAACCAUGAUAGUUCACCAGGUUUUGACCCCGAUAAUGCUGAGAGGCAAUCUCCUGGUGUUUCUAUGACCGACACUGGUGCCGUGCUCAAUGAGACCGAACCUCUUUUGGGUGCUGAUUGCUCUCAUCCUCAUCGCAUCACUAAUGAUGAGUUGGAUAAUCAUUCCAUCGUCACCCCUCAUGAUUCUCUAGUUGAAAGUGAUAGCAAUGAUGUGACUGAGAAUAGCAAGGCCAAAGAUGAUGGUGAGAAGGAUGCUCGGCCUGAGUCUGCACUUCUGUGGACAGCUGACGACGAGAAGAAUGUCAUGGAUCUUGGGUACUCCGAGGUGGAGCGUUUCCGUAGGUUGGAGAGUAUGAUGGUGAGGAGAAAAUCAAGGAAAAGCAUAACAUUUGAUCCUGACAGCAUGGAUGAUGCGGAAAUUCCUGGCUCGGCACCUCCUAUUCUGCAUCCACAAAAGAGCCCCUUCGAUUUCCUUUCUGAACAAUCGACUGAAACUGGUGUCCCUGCACGUCACGAUCUGGAGCCCCAGGAACCCAUGGCGGUUUCGCAUCAAGACACCCUCUUCACAAGGCACGAAAGCUUCAACUGUGCCAGACCGCCUUUGAGACAUGGCUCCAGAUUCAAGCCAUGCUUUGGUCUGGAGGAGUUCAACUCUGAGGAAGCAGGCGCAAGCAGUUUCCAGAGGCAGUUCAGCGACAGGAGCGUGUCGAGAUUGAGCGCCGUCUCCGAAUGCGACACGGUCUCGUCGAUCGGCGAUCCGGAGCACAACGACCUCAUAAGGAACUACAUCCGCGGCGUGCGCGAAUCGCCUAGCCUGCCAAGCCAGGACAGCGAUCUUGUGCACGCUGGGAAUGAGUGCUCGGAGGGGGUCAGCUUUGUGGACAGUGAAACUGUGAGUGCUGUCAUCUGCUGAAUGGAUACGAGGAGGCAUUGGAGUCUUGGGGAACGUUACACUGGAACAAAGCCACAAUGUGACUGAAGAUCGGAGGAGCUUUGCCGUAGCCCUUGCUCACGACGCAUACAAAUUUCGUGCGUGUCUUCGCUCGUCUGACAGGGUUUGCAUUCUUCCUGUACAUUUGCACAGUUGAGAACACAGUGUGUAAUAGCGUGUAAAGAUGAGGUGCUAGAGUGCUGAAUACUUGCACCCAGCACUACUUGAUUGUGUUUACUUGUACUUUCCUUUUUCAGUUCUGAAUUACCUGGGCCUGCACUGCCGGCAGUUUUCCAGGGACCAGUUCCA